CUCUGCGCUCGUCGCCCCCCUUCUUAACCACCCCACGUCGCUUUCCACAUCGCACUUUCCCCAUACCAACUCCCCCUCUUGUAAACACCACUCAGAGGCUCUCAACGACAACGCUGGCAUACCAAAGCGCGCCCUAAACACACAGACCAACACUCAACGCUAUCAUGCACGUCUCCAACCUCCUCCGCUACUCGUCGGUCUGCCCCUUCCUCGGGCACUCGACCCCGGCCACUCUCCGCAACCUUGCCUCGGUCGGUGCCAGCGCUACGGGCGCGACCGCCCUCACGGUCAAGGCUGCCCAGUGCCCCAUGAUGGGCCCUCAGCUCAUGGCCAAGAAGCGCGCCGCUGCCCGCGGCUACGCUUCCGUCGCUGGCAACCGUGACGUUGAGCAGAUCCACAAGAGCAAGGACAUCCCCUUCAACCCCGCUGGUACCCCCACUGGCAAGUGCCCCCACGCCAAGGCUGCCAGCGAGGCCGCGUCCAUCGCUCAGCGCGAGGCCGACCUCAAGGCCGCCGCCGUCGAGAAGCCCUCGCCCAAGGCCCCCGCCUCGGGCUUUGACUACGAGACCUUCUACCAGGCCGAGCUUGACAAGAAGCACAAGGACAAGUCGUACCGCUACUUUAACAACAUUAACCGCAUGGCGGCCAAGUUCCCCGUCGCUCACACCAAGAGCACGGCCGAGGAGGUCGACGUCUGGUGCUCCAACGACUAUCUCGGCAUGAGCAAGAACCCUGUUGUUAUUGACACGAUGUCUCGUACCCUCAACCGUUACGGUGCCGGUGCUGGUGGCACCCGUAACAUUGCCGGCAACGGUGCUCUCCACCUCUCGCUCGAGGACGAGCUCGCUGGUCUUCACCGAAAGGACGCCGCCCUCGUCUUCUCUUCUUGCUACGUCGCCAACGACGCUUGUCUUGCUACCCUCGGCGCCAAGCUGCCUGGCUGCGUCAUCUUCUCGGACAACCUCAACCACGCCUCCAUGAUCCAGGGUAUCCGUCACUCUGGUACCAAGAAGGUCAUCUUCAAGCACAAUGACCUCGCCGACCUCGAGGCCAAGCUCAAGACUGUCCCCAAGGAGACCCCCAAGAUCAUUGCCUUUGAGUCGGUCUACUCGAUGUGUGGUUCGGUCGCCCCCAUUGAGGGCAUCUGUGACCUUGCCGAGGAGUACGGUGCCAUCACCUUCCUCGACGAGGUUCACGCCGUCGGCAUGUACGGACCCACCGGUGCCGGUGUCGCCGAGCACCUCGACUUUGCUGCCCACUACGCCACCCGUGGCUCCAACAAGCCUGUCCGUCGCUCGGUCCAGGACCGUAUCGACAUCAUCACCGGCACCCUUGGCAAGGCCUACGGUGUCGUCGGUGGCUACAUUGCCGGCUCGUCUGACAUGGUCGACGUUGUCCGCUCGUACGCCCCGGGCUUCAUCUUCACCACCUCGCUUCCUCCUGCCAUUGUCGCUGGUGCCCAGGCCUCGAUCGCCUACCAGCGCGAGUUCCUCGGCGACCGUCGCCUCCAGCAGCUCAACACCCGUGAGGUCAAGGGCCAGUUCAAGGACCUCGGCAUCCCCGUCGUCCCCAACCCCUCGCACAUUAUCCCCGUGCUUGUUGGUGACGCCGCCCUCGCCAAGGAGGCCUCGGACAUGCUCCUCUCCAAGCACAAGAUCUACGUCCAGUCGAUCAACUACCCCACUGUCCCUGUGGGUGAGGAGCGUCUCCGCAUUACGCCCACUCCCGGCCACACGCACGAGCAGGUUGCCCACCUCGUCGAGUCGGUUGACUCGGUCUUCAACGAGCUCAACCUCAAGCGCGAGGCUGACUGGGUUGCUCUUGGCGGCCGUGCCGGUGUCGGCGCCCCCAACGCUGAGCCUGUCCAGCAGGUUUGGUCGGACGCCGAGCUUGGUCUCCUCGACGGCACUGCGCCCGUCUCGCUUGCCAAGGGCGCUAAGAGCGUCGUUCCGGGCGAGGCCAUCAAGGUUGCUGAGAAGCGCCUCACGCACCUUCUCGACGUCGGACCUCGCCUUGGCGAGACUGCCGCGUCGGCCUAAGGAAGGUGUUUGUAGGAACUAGCUAGCGAAUCUUGAAAUGAAAGCGAAGCGCCGAGGAGAUGGCACCAACACCAACCAUUAUCUUGUUGCAUUAAGGCGGGGGGGACUGAUUCUGCGGAAAUCUAAUCUGUGAUUUGUGAUGGCUGUGAUGCUUGUUGCCGCGAAGAUAGACGCGUGACAUUGAAUGCGAU